AUGUAUGUGCAGACCAUCAACCAAGUUUUGAGACUUCUUCCCAUUAGCAACGAGGAGUGGCCUGAAGAAUGUCUCGCUCUUGCGCGUCCACCUCACAACAUCCUACGACAUGUUGGAUUUUUACUCACUGCAAAUGACAACACAAGGUUUUCUAUCUACGAGAUAGAGAUUGGUGGCUCUGCUUUUCUCAAUGAUUAUAGGACUGAUUUUUGCAUGCCAAACUUACAUGGGGGCAUCUGGUUGCUCGAUCAACUAGUUGGAGUUCAGUUCACCCCAGCAACAUACCCACAUGGAUACCCCCCUCCUUCCCCUCUUAUACCCAUUGAUAUCCCAGCUUGGCAGACCUCAUUCCCUCAGUCAUUGCCCUCUCAACCAGUGGUUACUCAGACAAUGUUCCACCAAUCCCUGGAUUUUGGAUACGAGCCUACUCUCAUAGAACUGACCUCCAUAUUUGAUCACUUACCCGCACCCACUUUGCUGGACGACAACAAUUCCGAUAACAUGGGCUUCAUCACAUCACAAUGGGGUCGCUCAAUUAAACUGACAAAAUACCUUUUUAUUGGGAAUUUCCUGGUCGGAAUGCUUGUCAAUCCAUUCCUAGUUCCUGUGGCAGUUUCCAGGCAGUUAAUCACUAUGAGCUUCAUGAGAGCUCUCCACUUUAAUCAAAAAACUUACGAACAGUUAAGCAGCGAGUCAUUGACGAUUGUGAACGAUGAUGGGAGCAAGACCGUUGUGGGAUGGUCAUACUUGUGCAACCGUGUACAAGAAGCUAUCUGCACCCUUAUCAAAACACAAGCUUUCGAGGAGGUCAUGUGGGCUGGACUACUCCAACCCAUUUCUGAGUUAGCUGAAGGCAAUGCGAGAUUAGCGGACCUAUAUCCUGAUGCUAUUCAAACUUGGACAGGUUGCCUACAAAAGGGGAUCAUGUAUCAGGUGUUUACCCUGCAGAUACCAUCUGACUUUGCCAAUUUGAAAGCACCUGAGUUACAUCCUAGAAUUAUGGCUGCCCUUGACGAGAUGUAUAUGAAUCCAGACCACUUUCCCAUGUUCUUCCAGGUGGCGCGUGAGCUACCUUCACUACAGGAGACAAACAUCUUGGUUAUGGAUCCCAAGAACAAAGUUCCGAAAUACAUGACGGACGAGAUGGGAGUGAGGCGGAUGAAAACCCUGAGUGAUCUGUGGCCUAUAGAUGUUUUCUUUACCUCUGAUUUUGAAGUCCCUCAUGCACAAUUCGUCUUUCCAGCAUCUAGCAGUGAUGAGGAGCUGCAUAUUUCAUACUUCACGAUGUCUUGA